AGUAUCUUACUUAUUUGUGAAGUCCACUUCUCCAGAGAUGAAAGAAAAUGGAAUGACACGUUUUAUUUGUUCGAAAGAAGUCGAUUCGAAGUGACGUAUACUUUUACUCUGAAGGUAUUCCCGGAAAGGUGAAACGUUGAACCGGUAAUGCAAUAGAGCUCGCCAGACCACGUGACCAAAACGCAACGCAUUCUGCGGGGUAAAGGCAAAAUGCCAAGUAGUCGGUUAUUACGUCACGUUGGCGAGCUUCCGGGUAAAGUCAGAGCUAGCCGUGCUAACAUGAUUGUGCUCGUGAUUUUCGUUUCCUUUUUGGGUUUUCCGUUAACUUCGUCAGUCCCAAACCCGAGGGACGACAGGCCCAUCAUCGGUGUAUUAGCUCAAGAAAAGAAAAAUUCACCGAAACCCAACCAGAACUCCUACAUUGCUGCCUCUUAUGUGAAGACCCUGGAGGCAGCAGGAGCAAGGGUUGUUCCUGUCAUGACAAACAGGACCCAGGAGGAGUACACGGCCCUCUUCAACUCCAUCAACGGGAUCCUUCUCCCCGGUGGAAGCGCCAACAUCUACUCAUCAGGCUAUCAAAGGGCUGCGAAGGCCUUUUAUGAGCUUGCUAUCGAGGCAAACAGAAAGGGCGACUAUUUUCCCAUGUGGGGCACCUGUCUUGGAUUUGAGCAGCUGGUGCUUUUAACGAGUGGAGAGGCUUUACUGACGUCGACCAACACACGCGGCGUGUCGUUGCCUCUUAACUUCACUGAUGAUGCCAGUGACAGUCGCCUGUUCGGCGGCUUCCCAGCCGAUCUCUUGGGGAAACUGGCGUCUGAGCCGCUAACGGUCAACAUUCACAAGUGGAGUCUGGCAUUGUUGACAUACGACACAAACGAGGAACUGAAGAAGUUCUACAAAGUCCUCUCCACCAAUACGGACGGACAAGUGGAGUUUGUUUCAACGAUGGAAGCGUAUGAUUACCCAAUAUAUGGGACGCAGUGGCAUCCAGAAAAGAAUGCAUUUGAAUGGAGGAAGGACUUUAUUCCACACACCCGUUCAGCGGUCAAGACCACGUUUUACAUCGCAGAAUUCUUCGUCAACGAAGCCAGGAAGAGCUUCCACUCGUUUGAAUCAAAGGACGAGGAGAGGAAAACGCUAAUCUACAACUUUUCUCCUGUUUACACUGAUGACCAGAGUCCCUUUGAGCAAAUCUAUCUUUUCUGAUGCCCGUUUGUGGAGAGCUUUCCGUCUUCACCAAGGUGCCAGGCUACCUCACUGAUAAUUCCACGUCAGAUUGAUUUUGCUGCCAUACUUUCGUCUGCGGACGACUUUAAUCCCCUUUUUUAAUGUGAACGAUGGCUCACUCGUCAUCAACUUUGCGUGGCAGUGGUCACUUUCAGUACUUACCUUAAUUUUGUUACUUUCUCGAUUAUCAACCUAUACGUAGAGUUGGUCAGCGUCCUCUGUUGCCCUCCAUGCCUGGUCGAGUUUAGGCGGGCGUUGAUGCGAAGACCAGAAAGAAGUCAACGGUGCUUUUCGGUGAUGCAAACCUUUUUGGAUAAACGACAGCAAAGCUCAAAAGAUCACAAAGACAUAAAGUUAAGCCACCUGUCCAGGAGAAACAGUGCCACCGUGUAAAAAGCAGCACCGAUGUUCAAAACUGUCUUGUUUGCGAGCUAAGCACCUGUCGUAUUGGGUUGUGAAGAGGAUUUUCAACAAUACGGUAGAGAAUAGAUAUGCUCCAGGAACUGAUCUCCCAUGGCCUGUGUUUACAUAGCACUUUUCUAGUCCUGGAUGACCACUCAAAGCUGCUUUACACUCACACAUUCAGGACACAUCCGUGCUCCUGCUGCUAGUAGGAGAGAAAGAGAUGUGACAGUCAACAGGUUAAUACUAUGACGGUGUCUGUAAAUAAAUAAAUAGAUAAAUGUAUAGGCACCGCAACGGGUUAACAAAAAAUCUUCCAACAGGCCUUAGAAAGUUCAGUUUCCAUUAGACUUUAAAAAGGACGGCAACUGGAGAACUGGAAUGUACUGUCAUUGUCAUGUCAUUUCAAAAAUGUUUUUACGCACAAAUCUGACCAAUCGUCUCAAAUAAAUGAUUGAUACAGAAAA